AAAUACUUUCAAGAUGGAUGAUCUUUCAAAGCCAAGACUUUUCAGUACUGCCAACACUUAUGAGGUGGUGGAAGAGAUUGCGACAUGGAUUAAGGGAAAAACGACUAUUCGGCCAAAAAUCGGUAUCAUCUGUGGAACAGGAUUAGAUACUUUUCCGAGCGAAAUCUCAGACAGGGUCGAAAUGGAAUACUCUGACGUUCCCCACUUCCCGAAGCCAACUAUCGUUGGACAUCCUGGAAGGUUAGUCUUCGGAAGACUGGAGGGAAUCGAGAUCGUAUGCUUUACGGGAAAAGUAUUUUUCUUCGAAGGAUAUGAUAGUUUCCAGUGUACCGUAGCAGUCCGUGUAAUGAAGCUGCUGGGGAUUUCCUAUCUGAUCCUUUCCAACGCAGCGGGCAGCGUGGACGAAACCAUGAGACCUGGAGACAUCAUGAUGAUGAAGGAUCAUAUCAACCUGGUCGGCUUGGUCGGCCUAGGACCUUUGAUAGGGCCGUCUCCUCAAGUAGACAGAUGGGGUGAUAGAUACGUGUGUCUCUCACAGGUUUAUGACCAAGGUCUGAAGAACCUCGCCGAAGAAGCCGCAGUGGAAGUCGGCCUUCAGGAUCUGAAGGAAGGAGUCUACCUGAUGACUGGAGGACCAAAUUUUGAAACCGUCGCAGAAGCGAGGAUGAUCAGGAUGCUGGGAGCGAAUGUUGUAGGUAUGAGCACAGUGGCAGAUGCUAUCGUCGCAGUCCAAGCAGGAAUGAAAGUAUUCUCCUUUUCGAUCAUCAGUAACAUGUGCUGUUUGCAUUACAACUCGGACCUAAAUAUCGACCACAUCGAGAAUAUAGCCAUUGGCCAUCACAAGGCACCCUUGAUCGCCAAGUGGAUGCGAAAAUUCGUCACCAAGAUUGUCAACCAGCCUGCUUGAUUAUUUUAUUAAUCAAAAGGGCACCCGUUCUGUUUUAAUACCACUCAUAUCACGCUACUCCUGGAUUCCCGAAAAUGCCCGAAUGUUUCCGAAAGAAAACGAAGACUCUACCGGUGAUCCUCUUGAUUAUAAAUUACCGACCAUUUUAAGAGGAAAAUUUUUACUCAAUAAUAGUCGGCAAUAAUUGUUAAAAUAUUUAAAUAAUUAUAAUUUGUUAUAUUCCCA